AGCACUAUUCGAUCAACAUUUCAUGUAUUAACUGAUAUUUUGUAAUAAGUCUUAAUUUUAUAAAUAAAUCAUUUCGAUUAAAUUCUAAAUAUUAGUAAAAUGGAUAAUAAAAUAUCACAUGUAAUUUUUGAUGUAGAUGGUCUUAUUCUAGAUACGGAGAAGUUAUAUACUCUUAUACUAGAAGAGAUGCUAGAAAAAUAUAAUAAAAAAUUUACAUGGGACUUGAAAUUGAAACAAAUGGGAAAACAGGAACAGGAAGCUGCAAAAGUGGCCAUUGAUGAGUUAAAUCUGCCUAUUACUGUUGAAGAAUAUCUAAAGCACAUGCAUGAAGGACAAUCUAGACUAUUUCCAAAGGCUGAAUUAUUGCCAGGUGCUGAAAAGCUGAUAAGACAUCUACACAAGCAUAAAAUUCCUAUUGCAGUUGCCACCGGUUCAAAUAGUUAUAGUUAUGCUUUAAAACGCCAAAAUCAUGGCGAACUUUUCGAUCUAUUUCAUCAUGAGGUUCUAGCCUCGUCUGAUCCUGAAGUACAUAAAGGGAAACCAGCACCUGAUGUAUUUUUAGUUGCAGCUAAGAGAUUCAAAAAUCCACCUCAAGAUAAUAAACAGGUAAAGAAAAAUAUUCUUUUUAAUCUGCAUGACAAUUGAAUUCCAUCAGGUUCUUGUUUUUGAGGACGCUCCUAAUGGAGUUCAAUCAGCUUUAGCAGCAGGUAUGAAAUGCGUUUGGAUACCCGAUUCGAACGUUAGCAAAUCUGAUUGGGAACAACCGCUGAAGGGUGUUAAUUUGAUUUUGAAUUCUCUUCAAGAAUUUGCUCCUGAAGAGUUUGGUUUACCGCCAUUUUGAAUAAUAUUAACUUGAAAGUUAUUGUAUGUUCAUUUUCGAAUAAACUGUGAUAAUUUCAUCA